AAAAAGUUCUCUGCCUGAAUUUCGAAUUCAAUCCAUUUCGCAUUCUCGCUAUUGGUUUAAAAGAAUUUGAGUUCUGGUCUACUCAGAAUUUUCGUGGAGCGGUUUCAAUUUGAGGAUUGAGAAUCAAAGUUAAAUAGCAGGGCAUAGAGUUAAAAUGGGAUUGGUAGAAGAAUGGAGGAUGUUUUUUGAGAGCGCAGAGAGUGAUAUAUGCAGCUUGAUUGAACAUGCAAUCGAUGUUGCAGCGUGUGAUUGCCCUCAGGAAUUAGUGAAGAGGAGGGAUAAAAUAGCAGAGAUGGUUUACGCAUCAAGAUCAUCUGCUGAAGAUGAAGAUGAUGGUAUUCAUAAAAAGGUCAAUGAUAUUGCAGAGAGGAUCAAUAGCUAUCAAACCAUAACUGUGCCUGUGCCUAAAGAAUGUGAAAUAGUGAAAGAGGUGUUCAAUAUAAAACACAUUCUUUCAAAUCAAGAUGAGUCGGAAAACCAACUGGGCGACUCACUGAGAAGAUUGGAGUCGAUGGCAUUGUCUAUUGAAAUCCUAAAGGAAACUAUGAUUGGCAGAAAUGUCAAAUGCUUGCAGAAGCACAAGUCCAAACCAAUUAGCUCCAUGGCGAAGAAGCUUGUCAGAAGGUGGAGAGAAGUUGCAGAUGAAUGGAUGAAAAGUGCUGGAGAAGUUGCUGUAGAUACCAUGGCAGCCGCAGUGGAGCAAAUCCAGAAUCAUAGAAUAGAGCAGCCAUUCAAACUGGAUGACAGACAGUAUAGCAAACAAGAAACAAAAAGUGGUGCUCAAAAUCACAUUGUGAUCAAUCAUAGGAGACGGCGAGUUGUAAGCCAGAAGCAGAAUUUGCACCAAAAGUUAGAUUUCAACAAGCCUAGCUCUCUUCCACUUCCUUCAUCACAUAAAUCAAACUCUCCUGCUCUUGAUGAUUAA